AUGUCCUAUUACGGUGAUACAAGUACUGCUGCUGGUGCAGCCCGAUCCGCUGAUCGUAGCAAGCGUCGUUCUUUGGCCGCUCUUCAAAAGCCUAAGCGUAUCCGUAUCGGCGAAAAGGAAUCUGAGGCUGCCAAGCAGGUGCUGAACAAACUUUUAGAAGCGACAGAAGAAAGUGAAAGAAAAGCUGCAGCCGAGGAAGCAGCCGGUUUUAUGAGUGUUCAUGGCGUCCGUGCUCUCAAGGCAUGUCAUAUCUUCCCCGCUGUAUCCCAUGAGCUCUUCGCUAAGAAAAUCCGUACUCCUCAAGUUUUGGGUGCUCUUGUACUGAGUAAAGCCUUGAUUAAUUCCAAUGCUUUGUUAAGAGGACAACUUGAACCUCAUUUGAUCACUUUGCUGACCCCUCUUUUGGAGUUGCAAGCUCAUAAAGAUAAAGCUAUUGCUCAAGAAUCCGCUGAGUUGGCACGUAAUUUGGUCAAAGCUUUCAAUCCUAUUUCUACUCGCCAUGUCAUUACUUACUGUCUAGAAGGCCUUGAGAACUCAAAGAAAUGGCAAACGAAGAUGUUGUCUCUCGAGUUGAUUGAAUUGGAAAGUCAAUUGAAUCCUAUGCAGGUUCUGGUAUGUAUGCCUAUCAUUAUCCCUGUUGUUUCGGAUUGUAUGUGGGAUACAAAGCCCGAUGUCAAAGCCGCUGCCACAAAAUGUAUGACGACUACUACUGCUCUUUUGGACAAUAAAGAUGUCGAACGUUUUAUUCCAGCUGUUAUUGAAUGUAUCAACCAUCCCGAAAAUGUACCUGAGACAAUCCAUCAAUUGGGUGCCACUACUUUUGUGCAAGAAGUAGAUGCUGGUACUUUGGCUCUUAUGGUACCAUUAUUGGGCCGUGGUCUGCGUGAACGUCAAACUCCUAUUAAGCGUAAAUCUGCGUUGAUUAUUGAUAAUAUGUGUAAAUUGGUGGAUGAUCCCGAGGUUGCUGCUCCUUUCCUGCCUGUUUUGCUACCUGCUCUCGAGCAGGUUCACGAAACUGUUGCUGAUCCCGAAUGUCGUGGUGUUGUCAAGAAGGCUCUUGACACUUUGAAACGCAUUGGUGGUAAUGGUGCUACACCCGUAAUGAGUGAUGACCAAAAGCGCGAAAAGGUUUAUUCAACCUUAGAUAAGCUUAUGCCUACCAAGCUCGAGGGUUUCUUCGCUCCUGUUCGUAAGUAUAUGGCUAAAUUAGCCUUAGCAUUGGUAUUGGGCCAUAACUUUGAUCGUAACGCUUGGGUAUCAUCGAUGGCACCACAUGCUGCUACUUGGCUUUUGGUAACCGGCCGUGAGCAUGAAGACGGAAGUGAAGAAUUAGAUGCUUCAUCUGAGAAAUUGGCUUUGGCUGCAUUGUCCUCUUGUGAAGAAGCGAUUGCUCCCAAAUCAGGCGAAGAAGAGGAAGAAGAAGAAGGUGAAGAAUUGUGUAAUUGUGAAUUCUCAUUGGCUUACGGUGCUAAGAUCUUGUUGAAUCGUACCCAUUUACGUUUGAUGCGUGGUCGUCGAUAUGGUUUGUGCGGCGCUAAUGGCUGUGGUAAGUCCACUUUGAUGCGUGCUAUCGCCAACGAGCAGGUAGAAGGUUUCCCUCCUCGUUCCGUUUUGAAAACUGUUUACGUUGAGCAUGAUAUCGAUGGUUCUGAAGCAGAUACUGGUUUAGUUGACUUCAUUGUCAACUCUGAAGGUGUCGAGUGUCAAGACAGAAAUGAAGUCGCUCGUAUCUUGAAGAACUACGGUUUUAGUGAAGAGAUGGUUAAUCACCAGGCAAUUGGCUCUUUAUCUGGCGGUUGGAAGAUGAAGCUUGCUCUUGCUCGUGCUAUGUUGAUGAAUGCUGAUAUCCUUUUGUUGGACGAACCUACCAAUCAUUUGGACGUGGUUAAUGUUGCUUGGUUGGAAAACUAUUUGUUAGGAUUAAAGACUGUCACCUCCAUCAUUGUCUCUCAUGACUCUGGCUUCCUUGACCAUGUUUGCACUGAUAUUAUUCAUUACGAAGGUAAUUACAAAUUAAAACGUUACAGAGGAAACCUUUCAGAGUUCGUAAAAAAAGUUCCCCGUGCUGCUGCUUAUUAUUCCUUGGGGGCUGCUCAAACCGUUUUCCGCUUCCCCGAACCUGGUUACCUUGAAGGUAUCAAGACCAAGGAACGUGCCAUUUUAAAAAUGAAGAAUGUCGAUUUCCAGUACCCUGGAUCGAACAGAAAGCAACUUGUUGACAUUACCAUGCAAUGUUCUCUUGCUUCUCGUGUUGCAGUUAUUGGCCCUAACGGUGCUGGUAAAUCUACUUUGAUCAAAUUGUUGACGGGAGAAAUGGAGCCUACAGCUGGCACUGUUUGGAAGCAUCCUAAUCUUCGUAUCGCUUAUGUCGCCCAGCAUGCUUUCCAUCACAUUGAAAAACAUUUAGAUAAAACUCCUAACGAAUACAUUCAAUGGCGUUAUGCUACUGGUGAAGACCGUGAAGAACUUGACAAGAAUGAUCGUAUGGCUAAUACCGAAUCUCAAAAGAAGAUUAUGGAGCAAACUUUCGUCAUUGAUGGUGAAAAGCGUGUCCUCGAAGACAUUGUGGGUCGCCGUAAACUCAAGCAAUCUUAUGAAUAUGAAGUCUCAUGGGUUGGUAGAUCCUCUGUUGACAACACUUGGAUAUCUCGUCAACGUCUUGAAGAAAUGGGUUUUGGUAAGAAGAUUGCUGAGGUGGAUGCUGCUGAAGCUGCUAAGAUGGGUCUCAAUCGUCCUUUGACCUCUAAGGAAAUCGAAAAGCAUUUGGCUGAAAUUGGUCUUGAGCCUGAAUUUGCCACUCAUUCUCGAAUUCGUGGUCUUUCAGGUGGCCAAAAGGUCAAACUAGUUAUCGGCGCUGCCAUGUGGAAUAAGCCUCAUAUGUUAGUUCUUGACGAACCUACCAAUUACUUGGAUCGUGAAUCUUUAGGUGCCCUUGCUACUGCUAUUCGUGAAUAUGGCGGUGGAGUGGUUAUCGUUACUCACAACCGUGAAUUCUCUGAAGCUCUUUGUACUGAAGUAUGGAAGGUUGAUAACGGCCAAUUGACUCCCUCUGGUCAUAAUUGGGUUACUGGUAAUGGUACAACAGCCGUCAAGGAAGAAGAACAAGAGGAUAUGGUGGAUGCGCAAGGUAAUACUGUUAAGGCAACCCAAAAGAAAAAGAAAUUGACAUCGAAGGAACUCAGAAAGAAGAAGAAGGAACGUAUGGAACGUCGUAAACGUGGUGAAGAAGUUUGGACCACUGAUGAAGAACUAUAA